CUUUAUAUUAAUUUCUUUCACGCCUUAAAUGUGCCUGAUUCCAAUUCAGAAAAACUGGUGCCAACGUUUGAAUACUUCCAAGGAAAUGUCGCUGAAGGUAGCAAUCGCUUGGAUCAUUCUUACUUUUAUUGCAUUUAUCCACAUCUCAAAAUAUAAUGCACAGGUGAGCUAUUAUCAUUCGUCAAAACUGAAAAGAUAAGUAGUGAAUAGAAGUGUUUUUAUAUAUUAAAAGCCACUAAAAGUUCAUCUUUAAUGUAGGUUAAGUUCGAGUUUGCUACAACUAACAGAUGUCGGAUGAAAUCCAGAUUAUAAAGGGCCACUAAACGUUUCAAUGAAAAAACAGCCCUGCAAUUUUUCAGGGUUUAGUUUAUCAUUCUUCCUGUUUGAUGCAUGAAAGAAAUCUAUGUCUCUAGGCAAACAUUUUAUGCUUUAAUACAGACUUAUUUCUUUGGCUAAAACACGAUGAAAAAAACAAAAACAAAAGAAAAACAAAAACAAAACAAAAAAAGGUUCUUUGAGGUGGUUCCAUUGUUAUUUUAGAAGCAGGGAUCUACGACAAUCUUCGGUCUCAAAGCUGUUUUGGUUUAAAGGCUACGAAACUCUGAGAUACCUGCUGAUAGAUAGCAAUUACAUAAAGGAAUUCGAUUUACACUAUGAUAUAUAAUUAUAUGUUUUUUGCAUAGUUAUAUUUAGCAAAGCCCACUUUUUCAAGAAAAUCGUGUCUAGUGAAAAACUUUGCUGUUAUGCUUUGCCUGAAAUGUCGGGUAUCAAGUUUUAUUGAUAUAAUUGGGAUGUGCUACAAAAUUUCAAGAGAAAUCUGUGAAGCAGUCUCGAACGAGAGAGUCCUUCUGAAUUCAGCGUUGAAAUUGUUUGUGAAUAUUCAGAACGCGUUACUGAGGAGGACUCAGGAACUAGAUAUUUUGGGACGAUUAUAAAGAAUACACACUCUUCUUCGAUGGCAUUUGAUAUGUUGUCCCACCACGGAGGCACUUGUAAGCCCUGGUCAAACCUAGAAUCUAGAGAUCUAGAGUCGUCUAACACGAGGUUGGCCUCGAAGCCGUUAUAGAUGCACACAUUUUUUUCCAACCAAUUAAAUGUGUAAAGAAUUCCACAAUCUGGAUAUUUCUAAACUGACAAAUUGGGGUAUCAAAAAUUGAUUUCCAUGUGUGCAAUUCAAGUUUGGAAAUAAGCGCCAGCAAAAUUGAAAACCGACAUUUUCUAAUUUAUAAUUCUCUUUAGCUUCUCUUUUUGGGUGAUUCCAAACCUGACACAACUACCGCACGAAUUGUGGAACUAAAUAUUCGUAUACAGUUUCAGCAGAUUCGUGGGUAAAAUACUCGGUUUCAACAAAAAAAUGUAUGAAUAAAUAAAAUAAAGCAACAACAACCAAACACAGUCACACUCUGGAGCUGAGCGGCUUCACUGGUUUUAUGUGAAUGGAAGUAAGGCCGAUUCAGGCAUAGAAAUAUUGUGCGGAUUCAGAAAUAUCGAGAACAAAAACAUUCGAUUUAAUUUAGAGCAAGGUUUUGAGUGUUUUAAAGUUUAUGAAACGAAUGGGAAUGCCUCAUCAGUUGAUUUUAAGCCGAACUCAGCAGCAGUUGAUUGCGGUAACGCUUUCCGAAAGUGCGUUUUGGGGGUUCGUUUGACUCUGAGCGAUACGUUUUUAAAAACAAUUCCAUAGCUGAAUAGGUCCCUAUUAUAAUUAAUGAUUGUCACCCAACUAGUUUUAACGAGAAGUAUUAUUGUUAUUUAACUAUAUUUCUUGUAUAUUCUUUUAGUUAUCUAUCCACAGUAGAAAAUAAAGUUGUUCAUUGUUGUCGUUGUUGUUAACGGAAAACUUAAUGACAAUGUUUUCAUCAACACGAGCAAUUUUUCCUUACGGUUUGUUCCGAGCCUAUUCGUGACUACACAGACGUUUAUUCGAGUUAUAUUGCACUUUUAAUCAUGUAAAUCUUGCGAGUAAAAAGCUCUUGUCACCUUAAGUCCAACUUGCGCUUCAAGUUGUCAAGUUUUGAGUUUCAGAUUGUUAUAAUUGUUUUGCACUGUGUCUAUUUACAUGGGCUAUGGACUACUCGUAAAUUAUCUCUAAUAACUUCGAGGAAAAAUAUUUAAUAAUUAAAAGCAUGGCAUUAAAUUGGCGUAUCUUACCAUUUCCUUUCUCAUUAAUAAUUGCGUAUAAAUUGAAGUCUUCCACCAAGUUUGAUGAACUUCUCGAUGCCGAAAUAUCGAAUAUCGUACCGAACGCUCUUCCUUCUUGUAUUUUCAAUUUCUUUUUUGACAAUUAUUCAAUAUGUAAGCUCUUGACUCAACAUUUUUUGCUGAAGACAUGUAUCACUAAGAAGGAUCUAAAAGAAAGAAGGUAUAUUAUAGCCUAUUGAAAACGGAGAAUAAAUAUGAAAAAAAGAAUCGAAUUUAUACCCAUAAAUUAUCUUUAAUAACUUGAAGGAAUCUGGUACAGGCAAGAUCUGGGUAACGGUAGCCAGCAUACAUAGCAAUGCUUGAUGAACAUAAUUCGCUGGAAUAUUAUGGAAUUUGCACAUUUGAAAUUUUUCGCUGCUAUUCAACGCUAAUCCCAGAGCCCUUGCUCUCGAUAGCAAUUUAGUUUUAGAUCUUGAGGCUGCCCGGCAUAGACCCUCUAAACUAGGAGUUUGAUGAUCUUUCCGAGAAAAGCUGAUCUUUCUAAGAGCAAAUAUGAAAACACAUAAGGGCUUGAACGCCUCAUUAUGACAAAAAUAUAUAUAUUAUUUUAAUAACAAAAUAAAAACUGUUACGUUGGAGAUGAUAGCAAGAGUACCACGGAGCUUUAAAAGUAUGUUUCUUUUAGAUAAUUCUAAUAAUCAAUUGAAAUUUCUGCUAAUAGGACAUUGUUGAAAGGCCUGCGUAGCUACUAGCCGGGCAACUUUCACCUGUCAGCUUGUCUAAAUGGUUAAGUUGUAUUCAUGAAGGUGGUUCCUCGAACUUAGCAAUAAUUCAUGGAAAGAAAACAAAGGACGUCAGGAGCCGUGAAGAAAGUUUGAAUAUCAGUUACUAAUUUGCGUCUUCUAGAAUUUUUGAUCAUUCCAAAAUUUUCACACAAAUAAUUCUAUCAAGUAUUCAAAAUUGGUAAAAAAAAAUCCCCGAUUGCGCUUCCCCCAUUUUUAUAUUAAUUUCUCGAUGCCUAGAUAUCGUACUGAACGCUGUUUCUUCCUUUUUUUUAAAUUUAUCAUUUAACCUCCUUUUGACACAAAUUCAAUAUGUCAGCUCGUGUAGGAGAACCUUUCCUCGCACGCCAAAGUUAGUAUUCAAGCGCCUUACUAAGAUUUCAUGGUUGACAGUGUCAAAGGCGGCACUUAGAUUUAAUAAUAAUAAUAGAGUAACAUGCUGUGAAUUCAUGUUUAAAGAAAGGUCAUUAGCUACCUUCAACAAGGCUGCAUCUGUACUAUAGCGUUGGCGAUAUUCAGAUUGAUAUAAUGGGUACUGCAAGACUGCCAUAAAUGACGAUGCAUGUGGUUUAAACCUGAGCGUUCCGCUCCGACACAUAAGACAGCAGGUUGCUAAUUGUGCAAAGAUUUUUACACUCAGAGCUUAGGCUAGGUUUCUUUAUUAGGGGUAUUACAAUAUCCUCUUUCCAUAUAUCGGGAAAGGUACCCUGCUCCAGUCAGAGGCACCCAACGACGAUUUCCUCCUAAAUACGUUGAAAACACUUUUUAGGCUAUCUAUAGAGUACUCUUGGAUCUCUAGAAAUACAUUCUAAGCGGCCCUUUUACUAUAAAAUUUGUACCUGUUCGGUCAGGGCGUUAAAGUAGCACAGAUCAGAAUCUUUGUUAGUUUGUCGUCAUUUCCUUUCAGCUUUUCAUCAUUAAACCAGGGUAUAUCAGGUCUUAUUGUUAUCUUUGCGUGACUUAAGCGGAGCAUAUGCAUGGUGCUCAAUUGAAUCAGACAGUGUGGUAAUAUAGCAGUAAACCAAAUCAUUAAGCUGAUGAGGCAUAUUUCCACAUAACCGAGAAGCAGAAAAAUCACUCAUAAGAGACUGGACAUUAAUCUGGCGAGUAAUUUAAUAACGUAGAUUCUCUACAGCCAACGGAGGCUUAGGAGUAUUGAUGCUAAACAAAAUGGCUUUAUAAUCCGACAGAAAAUGAUCAGGUGUAGGUGUAGAUCCCGUGAUAUGAUCAAAUUCACACGUGAUGAUCAAGUCAAGAGUAUGGCCGCCCAUGUGACUAGGUUGUGUAAUUGCUGUCAAAGUGAACCCAUAGAAUAGAGAACCUCCAAAACCUUUUGACUAUCAUAGUCACUGGAAAUGUCAACAUGAAUGUUGGAAUCACCGGCAAUGAACUGUUGUAGAUAUGAAAAAGACAGCUGGAUAAAGGGAUCUAUCCUUUCCAGUCACGAAAAUAAUUUUCCAUACUUUCGUAAGGUAAUUCUGCGCAAUUCUGAUCAUAAAAGUAACUUUAGACAAAGGUCGUAACAAGUUGAAAAUGUUCAUUUCGAUUUCUUAAUUUGCUGCCUGAAAUUUCUAGGUCUUCAAACUUAAGUUCUUAAGCUCUUAAAAAAGGCCUUGAAUAAUGUAAAGUGUAAAUGAAAAUGUAAAUAUCAUAUUAUCCACUCCCCUCAGGGCUUUUCAUGUAUUUGAUGAUAUUUAAAGUGAAAUUUUAUUUUCCUUUUAAACUAAACAGCUCCAAAGGUCCGAACAGAAAAACCUACACUUUGGGAACUUUAAAGAAUUUCUCAAUCACAUGCUGAAUAUUUCCCAAGUUUUGUCCUUUGUCAACGUCAACGACUACACCGACUGUGGUUUCCAAUGCCUUGCUAACGUGGCAUGCUUGUCAUUCAAUUAUGCCAUUUUGCCUAACAGCAGCUCCACACUUCACUUCUGCCAAUUGCUAGCUACAGACAAGUACAACCACUCCACUGCCUUCGUACAGAGUGACCACUUUCAUCACUACACUAUUGCGGUAUGAUGAACGAAGCUCUUUUACUGGUUUACUGAAUGAAUACAACUCGUUUGGUCUCCGCUCAAAUUCAAAACUAAAUUUGAAAUUAAACUGCGAUAGUGUAUCUUUAGCCUGGGUACAGCCGCCGUCUCCUCUAAAAAGAAAUCCGGGAGAUUUUGUUUUUGAGGGGCCGGAGGGGGCGGAUGUACACAGGCUACCCUGGUUGGUACACGAAAACCCUCUAGGAAUACACCAAUCGGUUAUUUUUUGCUGGUUUGUUUCUGUACCCUGCGAACAGAGGUUUCUCUAUUGCAUUGCUUUUAUCGUUUACGAAGUCGUUCGCGUGGCUUGUCUGUCGCGUGGUUAGUUCGUUUACGCCCUGAGAGAAACUAACCACGGGGCGUAAACAAACUAAAGUAACCACGCGACAGACAAGCACGCGAACGACUUCGUAAACUCUAAAAGCCAUGCAAGAGAGAAACCCCUGCUCGUAGGAUAUUUUUCUGAAAACCUAAUCACAGUCGUCACAGACGCGAAGUGUGUAUGACAGCCCACUGUCGCAUAUUUGAGUAGUUGUUCUUUGCAAUUGAAUCUCAGAGCCCAUGUGAGAGUUUUCCUUGCCAAGAUGGCGGAACAUGUCGGCCACUGUAUGAUAAAAAUGACAUGGUAUGUGAGUGCCCGGACGGAAGGAAUGGAACUCAUUGUGAGAAAGGUAAUGACUUGGACGUUAUAUUUAGUCAUCAUCCGAUCGAGUGCGACAGUUUGUUUGUCGAACAUUGUUUUAGGGAUCUGCAAAAUGCAAUGGAUGGCUCCGAAAUCUCCCAUUCAGUAAUAAAUGCAUUACUUUAAUUACACCAAUGCAAUGGAAUAUAAUACCGGAGAACUUAACAAGCUAUAAGAAAUAGUCAUUACGCGCCGGGGUAGGUGACAGAUUCCCUUACCCUUUCAAAUACUUUUACUCGUGAAGUCCCGGCCAAUUUUAUAUACCUGAAGCCCAAAGAAGGGAACCCAUUCAGGCAAAAGUCCCUCUAUAUUGGACACUAAAGGAAGUACACUGAAGCUUAGGAAUUUAAAUAGAUUUUUAUUAAUGUUUUCCCAGCCUUUUUGUUUAUAAAAUCAAAAUGUUUAAAGUUUAUACACUGAGCAUGUCCAAUGCAAAAUAUUCCCCUCUACGAGUUUGACUCUUUCUUUUCAUCAAGAUUCAAUGAUUUCAUCUCACGGUAACAUGGAAAAAGGUUUGUGUUUAAUAAACCAAAGUGCCCCUUAUCUAAACUUUUGCCACUUUAUAAAAACGGCUGAGGCAGUUAGUAGUACACUAACUUUAGCUUACUUCAUAGUAUCUCAGGCUAGGUGACGUGUUAGAAGAGGAUGAAUAUCGAACAGCUAAAACUGAAUCAUUGGAUAAUGAAAUAAUUCUAGAUUCCUGAUUGGCUUAGCCAUCAUGGUAUAUGAGCCAUUUAUACGAUGCUCUCCAAAUAUGGUAACUGUACGCGUCGGAGAGAAUUCUCGAUAUUUCGUAGGAGUCUCAUAUAAACACGCACUCGUGGAAUAAUUGUUAAUUAAAGACUUAUGUCCAAGAGAAAAUGCGGCAUGGAAUUUCACGAGCAUACCAUUUGAUUACCUAUUAAUAUCAUGGUUGACGAAUUACGUUAGCAAUCUUGGAUUUUGACAUAUUUAUCCUGGAUCGUAUCGAUCGAGAACUCCUGUACUCUCUUGAACGUUUAGAGCUUAAAUUUUGCUUACUUUCAGAGUUUUUCGUCAAAAUAUCUGUUAGAAUCCUUCUUGAUGUGCUCUUUCGUGUGUUUAGGUUUACUAAAGCGUCUUUUUAUGCCAUGGCAUCUCCAUUCAUAACAUUUUAAAGCUUCGUCGCACACACUUCGACGUACGGAAGGUUGCCAUGGCAAUUUUGUAAUUUCACAUGUAAAAUUACAAAUUAUCACUGUUAUUAUACAUUGUAGUCACCAUCUGUCUUCCCAUCGGCUAAAAGCCUACAGUUAAUUCUGGGAAACAGCGAAACCUACAGAUUAUUCACAGAUUAUUCACUAAUCUGUAGGUACAGCUUAGUGAAUAAUCUAUAGGUUGCGCGCGCAAUUCAUGAUUUCCAAGAGCAAUAUCAAGUGCAUGGACAGUAAUGUCAACUUCGCGGACAGCGAAGUAAGAGUGGCUUCUCGAUUCGCUUCAUCGACCAAGGAAGAAAUUGAGAAAUUACUUGAAGAUAAAGUAUAAUGAAACAAUUAUUAGAUUCGGUUUUUGUGAUAUCCGGAAUAAUCAAGGUCGAGGUUAGUGUUAUCAGCCUCAGCCUUCGGCUUCGGCUAAUAACACUUACCUCGACCUUGAUUAUUCCGGAUAUCACCAAAAUCUCAUCCAAUAAUUGUUUAAAAUUUCGCGCCAAAAUUAAGGAGUAAUUCGUCACCGAUAAUAUUGUGAAUGUAAUGCGUCGUUGUCCCUUUCUUUCCGGUUUCAGGGUGGUUCAAGAUAAACACAGAGGAAGUGUGCUUUGGAGCCAAAAACGAUUCCUACGGUACCUUCAAUAUUCAAAAGACGGGAAAUAUUUUUGCGUUUAAACUAGCUCAUCUAUCAGGCGGUGUGUCUUGCGUCGCUGGUUUGAACAGUGCUACGAAGUGGGGAUGCACCUCUCGUUUAAAUACACACAUCACCAAUUCCAACAACUUCCGCCUUUUUCCUACAAAUGAAUCGGAGACGUCACCCGGUUUUGAUCCACAUCUAUUUUACACGCUGCCUGGAUUUCAUUAUAACUCCAGUGCAAUCGAGUUCAGGUUUUUUUCCUCCGCAAUCUGGGUUCAUACUGGACAGGAGUUCAGAAUCUGGUACGGUGAAGAUUUGAUAAAUAAGGACGAGGAAAACAACCUAUUGAACAAGUCAUGUAUCGAUGUAUACGGUUUUUACUAGAAAAGUCAAGAAACUAACCGUUUUAACGGCCAUGACAAUGAGACCAAGUAAUUAGAACAGAACUUGGUGGCGUGCUUGAAUGCCACUUAGCAACGGCUCGUUGCAUGGCAAGUCGGUAAGCCAUUCAAGCGUUCAUUUACGUUAACUACAUUACAAAGCUUUGAGUGCGAUAGGACGAAGUCUUCCUACGUGUUCUCGGUUAAUUUUCAACAGAAUAAUUAAACCAGGAUUGCUCCUCUCGAUCACACUCAAAGCUUUGUGAUCGGAAUGAACGCUUGGGCUGCUUGCCAUUAAGCGAGCUGUUGCUAAUGAAGUGGUAUCCAACUGCACUGAAAGCGCCUAUUACUUUAUGUCAAACUAGUGAAUAGUUUAAUUUGCUGCCUUUUUUUACGUAACAGGACUUUCGAGAAACGGGCCCCAAGUUCGUGGCUGGAGGGUAAUUAUUAUCAAAAAAACAAACAAACAAUCAAGUAUUAAGCACUCUUGUAAAAUACAUCAACGGUAGUUUUACAUUAGCGAAGAUUUUCCCAUCGGAUUCUUAAAUGUUUCCGGCCGGAUUUAUUACAUUUAGGCUAUUCGGAUUUUCAGACGUCACGCACAUCAAUUAAUCCAGUACUCACUCAAGCCGAAAUCAAGUUCUGCGAACACGCGACUAAACCGGGAAAUGUAAGCAACAAGUCUGCUACCAAGAAAGUGUUCCGAAUUCGUCACGAAUCCUUAAAAAUCUCUUAUAUUAUGCUACUUAUAGCCAGUUAUUGGAUCAGUGACGUUUUUGUGAUAUCCGCAAAGACCGAAGUAGGUGUGAUCAGCCUCGGCUGAUCAGUGGAGAUUGGAUUCCAGAUUUUAAUCGCUUGCGGGAAUCCGAUUUCCUAAAACUGUUUCUGGAAUCCCAAAGCCCUGACAUGAUUUCAGAUUCCACAAGCAAAAAUGUCUUAGAUUCCGGUACAUACAUAACCAUAUACAUAGGGCAAUCUGAGUUUCAUUAUCACAAGCACUUUAUUCUAGUGAUGUUUUGGGUGUAAUUCUCUUAAUUUGUCAGUACAUUGUAAUCGUAG